AUGGCCGCAUACGGUUUAGACGAGAGAUUCAAAGAUCCAAGGUAUUGUUUUAGAUUACUCGAUCCCGCAGCUUAUGAUAUAAGAAAAUAUUGUAAGAGUAAGAAAAACAAAUAUCCUUUUGAUUCGAGCGCUCCCCGUGUUACUCUAGCUACCAAUCCAUCGUACGUCGAUGCACUAUACAAUGCAGAAGUUAAGCAUAAAAUUCCUAAUUGUACCUCUUUGAUGUCCAAACGUCCUCGUUUUCCAUAUGAAUCGUUCACUGUAGAAGAGUUCGAAGAAUUACUAUGUCGAUGUGGAUUGCCAUGCGAAUGUCCUGCUCCAGAAGAAGAAAAAGAAAAAGAGGUAAAGUGCAUGGCUAGAACACCUAAGUGUUUAUACAAAGGGCCUACACCACGUGAUGAGUUUACUAAAGGGCUGUCAGCUCCCUCAAAAAGGGACCGGGGUUUCGAAAUACGCCCCGACGGCACAGCAAAGCGCUUGUUUGAGAUGGCUAAAGAGCAAUGUCCACCCUUUUAUGACACUCGAGUGCACGAAGCAACUGAGUUUUAUAGAGGGUGGAAAUGGAGUAAAAGAACAUCAAGUCGAACCAUGAAAUCAUCUGAAGUUAGGCCAGGCCCUGCUGAUUACGAUAUAGAUAGAUCAACGCCGCCAUACUGCAGGUGUCUAGAAAAAAUUCGAGAAGAGCGUCGUUUAACCGCUAAGCUGUUACGGUAUACUGAAGCAAUGCAACACAGAACCAUAAAAGAAGGUCUUCCCGGUCCACCGCAUUACCAUCCUCAUUCACCCAAGGGAACUGAUUUAAAAAGUUUUGGACCAAAAGCUGAAAGAUUCCCGACAUCUGAGUAUGAUCAGUGUCCAGGUCCGACUACUUACACUAUUAAAAGGGCAUUCGAUGUAGAGCCACCAAUUGCACAGCCUUAUUUACCACCACCUGCAGGUUUCGGUGUUAAAGCCUCUAGAUUCAAAUAUCGUGUGCCUGAAGGACCAGGGCCGGCAGACUACGAUGCAGGAGUCAAGUUAUGCAGGUUUCAACAUUGUGGUAGAGCUCCUUUUGGGGUUUCAGCGCAACGGUUUAAACAUUCUGGAUAUAAUGUAAAUGAUGAAGAUGAAACUGAUGAGGAUGAAAAAGAAGACGACAAGAAACCUUGUCCUAAACGGACUUGGCAAUUUAAAUCACAAACAUCACGUUUUAAACCACCUCACGACGUAUUUGAACCAAGUUGGUCAAAACAACAGUUUAUCUCGGAAAGAUCACCUCGAUCGCAGUACCUUGCUCCAUUUUUUACAUCAGAAGGACGAUUUCAGCCUUGGAAAGACUGGCUUCCUAUUUUCGGUAGUAUAAAUACACCGGGGCCAGGUUAUUAUAACUUGGAAAAGCCAAAAUGCCCACCAGCUGUCUGUCGCGGACCUCUUUAUAGAUGUCAACGUUUCGUUGAUCAUAGAUUCAAUACGCCAGCUCCUAAUGAAUAUAGAGUAGAUCGUGGUAUUGAAACAGUUUUGGCAACACAUAAUCGGAGGUUAAAAGAUAACAUAAAAAAUCAACACAAAUUCGAAUGGCGUGAGCCACCGGAUAUCAUAGAGCAAACUCCAGCAGAGCGAGAAGCUGUAAUACUGGAGAGGGCUGUAUCUCAACUUGAAACAGAUGUUAUUGCAGAAAAGUUUGAAAAUCUACUAAAAGUAAACAAAGGUAAGAGUGUCCUAGAUACAUGUAAAGAACGACUUGGUAUAAUUAAGGAACAAGCUAUCAGCGAAGCUGGUGAUAAACCUACCGCUGAGGGUAACGCUCACGAGAAGGGUGACGCUAAGGAGACAAGUGAUGCUCAGGGGAAGAUGGAUAAUAAAGAUCAUCCUGAGAUAAAAGAUAGCAAACAACAAGAAAAAUCUGAACCAAAGCAAAAAUUACUUCGAACAUUCCUGUACAGGCAUCCACAACCAAUGUAUAUUUAA